UCUUGCAUAUCACUAUGAAUUGUAUCUUUAGGUUGGCGCAGGCGCCGCAGGCACGAAGUGGAAUGAGGAAAGUGACGCGCGCGCUGAUUGGUCGGACGCGCGGUGACAUGUGGAGGGGAUAGUGGCUCUCCUCGCAAUAGGUUAUAAAGACGCAAGCGAAAUUCUCCAAUCAGUGUUUGUGAUUUGAGAAGUGUCGUAGAACUCGUAGAGAUGCGGGAGAGAACGCGAGCCUGAUUUCCGACUGCGGAGUGACUGUUAUUUGUGUGAUUGAAUUAGAUUGGAUCAACCUGGAACGGGAAAGCGGAAAAGGAAACUAACGCAACGACCACGACGACAAAGAAGGAAGAAGAGUAUCGAGAACACGCGGAGUGCAAGCAUACGGAUACGGUGCAUCCCGAGAGCCCGAGACACGUAGAUAUAGCGGUGCGUUGUACAUACGUACACGUCGCUUAGACGGACCUCGCCCGUGGCGAGAGGACUUGAGUUCCUGAGAGUUUUGGCGUGGAGACGUGCGGGAAACGUAACGGCGAGACAAACUCGGCCAGGGUAAUCCAAUUCGAUCUGGUAGUGCCGUAAAGAGGAGCCGCGAGAAGACAAAUAAACAACGGCUCGAAGUCCGCCAUUUUGGAUAGAGAGGAGUCGUUAUUGUCGUGUUGGGGAGCGAGCGGAACGUACCGCUUUUCCGUUUCCGCAUCAGAGAGUAGGCCGCGUAAGGUGAAGGCAGAAAUAGGAGAAAGGAUAUUGAGCUAAGGUGGCUAACGGUCACCGGAUGUGGUCGAAUUUGCGGGGAACGCGCACUGGGAGGACCGCGAGAGAAGAGGAACUUGAGGCGAGGUAGCAUCGCGCUAACAGGUCCCCGAGGUGCCCCACCGCACUUAUCCCACCGCGUCGUCACCGUCGUCGUCCCCACCACCGCUCUGCCCUGGAUACUGUGAUUAUUGCGCAGUUGGAAAAAUUGCUAAGCAGGGACGCGGGACGUCGUCCACGAGAGGCAACUCGUGAGCGUUUAUCGGCCAACGAGUUGGCUGAAUAACGAGGGGAUAUUAGAAAAGUGAAACAGAGAGAAAUAGAUAGAUAGACAAACAUCCGAGCCAUGACGAACUCCGCGCCCAAGUUAGAUAACGCCAAGGUGGAUCGGCAGGCUUCGCCGAAGGUUGGGUAUCAGUAUCAGCACAACCAUCAUCAUAAUCGUUCCAACAGUAAAUCCUCGCCGUUCCUAUACAAGAACGGCCGCCACACGGUCAGAAAUACUAAAGAUGGACGGCAGAGCUGCAGCCCGUACAGCCCGUCGUUCAAGAGCGCGAGAAACUCGCCACAACAGCAACAACAGCAGCAGCAGCAUACACCGCAACAACAACAACAACAACAACAACGUUGCGAGCAGCACAGUCCGAGCAGCAGCCCAACUAACAACUUCUACGCGGGCGCCAAGUUCUCGGAAACACCGUCGCCCGCGAGUGUGCCCAAGCCGCCAAGUCAUUGGACGAGCAGAUUGAUGGACAGCUGCGGCCAAUCGGACAGCGCAAGCGAACACACGAGGCAAUUGCGUAUAGUGCUGAACGUCCAAGCUUGAUACCCAAAAACCGACGUAUAUACCAGCAACGCGCGAGGGGAGAAGCAGCGACCGUCAACAGCUCUGGAAGAAUCAGGUACAGUAGGGAAUUAUCGUCGAUGAAAUCAUCGGUCGAAAAGACUGCGAGAGUAAGAGAGACGAUGACACCGACGAUGAUGAGAAAAAAAUGUGAAGAUUAUGAUGACGACGAUGAUGGUGACACCGUGUGCGGUUCAUAUACACACGGGUUUUCGAUUUUAUCGCGCGAGUGGAUACCCGUAAUCCGUUCUUUACUCUAAGAUACAUCCAGCAUACAAACUUCAAAUCGUAUAUAAACUAUGCACCGCGAGGCAGGGGGGGGGCUGACGACGCGAUGCUUCGGUGCGUCCUGAUGCCGCGAUCGAUGUGUACGCGCGAGAGAUACAUUAUAUAUGUAUAUAUAUGCGUUCUGGAACUCCCAUCACGCGCCAUCAUUGUGACAAAAUGUAAGUAAUACUGUAUUUUAGAUUAUCGUAUACCGCUAAACUUACAAAAAGAAACACAAGGAGAGCCCCACGUACAUACAUAUAUAUAUUAUCUAUAACAUUCGACACAUACAGAAAGAAAGAGUACAUCCUCAGUCUGACGAGACGACAAGCGCGGACGAGCGAAGUUACGCUUCGCGACUUUUUGUCAAACGAUGGACUUCAAUAUCGAUGCGUUGAAAAAAAAAAAGAACAAGCGUCCGAUGAUUUUUUUCGUAACUGCUUUUUCCAAAGCGACUUUUGAAAGCUCGCGCUUCAUGCCGUUCUCGAGACAACUGGUGUUCGAGAGAGAGAGAGAGAGAGAGAGAGAUGAGAGAGAGAGAGAGAGAGAGAGAGAGAGAGAG